AGAUAAGGACACUCAACUUUUUUUUCUUCCUCUUUUCUUUCUUCUUUCUUCAUUCACUCUUCAUUCUCCCCUACACUUACAUUCAACUUUAUCCCUCGUACUUCAACUUCCUUCCCUUUCUCUCACCAUGUCUCAGGAAGCAGUUGCUGAUAUCGGUCUCAUCGGCUUGGCCGUCAUGGGCCAAAACUUGAUCUUGAAUAUGAACGACAAUGGAUUCGUUGUCUGCGCCUUCAACAGAACUGUCUCCAAGGUCGAUCAUUUCUUGGAGAACGAGGCAAAGGGCACCAAGAUCGUUGGUGCUCACUCGAUCGAGGAGUUCUGCAAAAAGUUGAAGCGUCCUCGCAAGGUCAUGAUGUUGGUCAAGGCCGGUUCUGCUGUGGAUGAUUUCAUCGAACAAGUCUUGCCUCACCUCGAGAAGGGUGAUAUCAUCAUUGACGGUGGAAACUCUCACUUCCCAGAUACCAUCCGUCGCACCAAGUAUUUGGAGUCCAAGGGAUUCCUCUUUGUCGGAUGCGGUGUCUCUGGUGGUGAAGAGGGCGCUCGUCAUGGCCCCUCCAUGAUGCCCGGUGGUUCCAAGGAGGCAUGGCAACAUGUCCAGCCCAUCUUCCAGGCUAUCGCCGCUAAAGUGAAUGGUGAACCCUGCUGUGACUGGGUUGGUGAGACCGGCGCUGGACACUACGUCAAGAUGGUCCACAAUGGAAUUGAAUACGGUGACAUGCAGAUGAUUUGCGAGGCUUACCAUAUUCUCAGGGAAACCCUCGGUCUCUCAGCUGAUGAGAUCAGUGAAAUCUUUACUGAGUGGAACAAUGGUGUGCUUGACUCUUACCUUAUUGAGAUCACCCGUGAUAUCCUCAAGUUCAAGGACACUGAUGGCUCUCCUCUUGUUGAGCACAUCAAGGAUACUGCUGGUCAGAAGGGAACCGGCAAGUGGACUGCUAUCUCUGCCCUUGACAAUGGCAUGCCUGUCACCUUGAUUGGUGAGGCCGUUUUUGCUCGCUGCUUAUCUGCAAUCAAGAACGAGCGUAUCCAAGCAUCUUCUAUCCUUAAGGGACCUGAGGCUACUCCCUUCACUGGUGAUAAGAAGCAGUUCAUCCAUGAUGUCUCUAGCGCUCUUUAUGCCUCCAAGAUUAUUUCGUAUGCUCAGGGUUUCAUGUUGAUGCGUGAGGCUGCCAAGGAGAAUGGCUGGCACUUGAACAACGCUGGUAUUGCACUCAUGUGGCGUGGUGGUUGCAUUAUCCGCUCAGUCUUCUUGGGUGAUAUCAAGACUGCUUACACCAACAACCCUGAUUUGGAGAACUUGUUGUUCGACCCCUUCUUCACAAAGGCUGUCACAGAGGCUGCCCCUGGCUGGAGACGCGUGGUUUCUCAGGCUGCUCUCCGUGGUAUUCCCACUCCUGCAACCUCCUCCGCCUUGGCCUUCUAUGACGGCUACAGAACCGCAGUCUUGCCCGCCAACUUGUUGCAGGCCCAGAGAGAUUACUUUGGAGCCCAUACUUACCAACGUCUGGAUAGUGAUGAGUGGGUCCACACCAACUGGACUGGCCGUGGAGGCAAUGUUGCUUCGACUACUUACCUUGCUUAAAAAAAGUGGAUUUCCUUACUAUUCUCUCUUCAUUAACUUGCACUUUAAAAAACUCUUCACUAAAUCUCACUUCAUGUUCAAAACAAAAGCAAAAAAAA